CGUGACAUCGCUACCGCACACAUUUCGCCGAUUCGUGAAGUGGAGUUAUCAACCGCACCGCACCGCACCGCACCGUGCCCUCGAGUCCUCCGGCGAUUGCGUCCUGCACCCGGCGCGCAACUGCGAACAGUACACUGGUGUACUUGCGGCAAGCCGACUGGCGUUCAACCGCCUUGCCACCGAUCGUCAUGUCCAAGGCAAUGGCGACGACGGCUCCGGCCUUGAAGGUCAAGAAACGAUCGAGUCGGGCAGCCAUGGCCGUAUCCGGGUCCGAGAGUUCCGAUUCCAUUGCCAGCCCUCCGACCACAAUCCCGAGCUCUCCGGCCAGCGCCGACAGCGAGCACCGGCCAUUUUCCAUCCGCUCUCUCAAGAGCCGCCCAUGGCACUCCUUCGCCUCCAAGGACCGGGACGGGACUCCUGAUGGGGGCCACAGCUUCCGUACACACGCCCGGAGGCUCUCCAAGUCGCGGCCGUUGUCCUCUUCGUCGCGCUUGGAACCUCCCAGUCGCCGGAGCUCGACCGUCUCGGACGACCACGCCCGCCUGUCGCUCUCAACCACCGAUAGCCUCAGCCUGAGCUUCGCCAACGCCAGCUUGGCCGCUUCGUCCGUCGACUGGGGGGCGCAGCAUGUCGAGGGAUCCGCCCCGCUCGAGCACGACGCGCUGCUGCUGAAGACCAAGGCCCCAUAUCUCGUCGUCACCUCGGAGUACCUGGUCAAGACCAAGAGCCGCGCCGACGCCGUCGCCCUCCUCCCGGGAUUGUCGACCGAGGGACAGAAGCGUGGGCACGGCGGCUCAGCACCCGAGCCGCUUCUCGUCAUCCCGGUAGACGCAAUCGUGUCCGUGUUCGCGGCCGAGACCACACGCCCAUCGUUCGGGAUCGAAGUCUGGUGGAGGAGCCAGCCGGCCGGCUACGCCUCAUGCCGGUCCGAGUUCUUCUUCGCGACUCCCGCCCAGCGGAACGAGCUGAUGCACCACAUCACCCGGGCGAUGCGGGCCGGUCAGCAAGACCAAGAUGGCCGUGUUCGUUGUUCCCCGGACGUCAGGGCCCUGCUCGAAAGGCUGAACGAGGCCGAGGAGCCAAGGUUCCAACACCGCAGGCCCGACAUCAUACCCGUCGUCCUGCGUGGAUUCACAAGGAAGGAGUACAUGCCCAAGCUCGAGGAUGCAUCCAAAAAGCCCCAGGAAGCCCCCGCCUUUUACCUCGUGGUCGGCACCUACCUUUGUCACCUUGCCGAGAUUCUGAAAUCGAAGGCCGGAGACCCCGUGUGCCGUCACAAGUCGUUCGGCCUCGUCACCCUCGAGUGCCUCAGGGGAGACUGGGUCGUCCAUGAAGAGCGGUUCAAUAUCACUUUCCGCGAUCCCUUCCAACCUCCCGUCACUCUCGAGCUCGCCAGCCGGUACUACCGAGAAGUCAUUCGCGUCCUCGGCAUGGCAGAUCGCUUCCUCAAGCCGGCAUGGCCGCAGCUAUGGCAGACCAUGGAGGUAUUCCGCGUAUCGGGACUGAAAGAGCCGCAGUAUCUCGUGCCCAAGGAAGACUUUGGAAGCUUCAAGCGGACCCUGGAUGCGUACCUAGCUGCCUACCGCUGCCAAGACGUGAACUGGGAGAUCAACUGGAAGACGCGGUUCGCCCCCGAGUUCCGGCUGCUGCCCGGGAAGCGCGGGCCAUAUUCCCCCUUGCAGCUUCUGGCGGUCCUGCGAGCGCUGCGCUAUAACGACUACUUCACGUCCUUCUCGUUCCGGGAUGUUGACCUGGCCGUGCUGUAUGGGCUUCAAGACAACGCUUUCAGCAAGGCCAACGUUGCCUACCUGAGCCGCACCUGCGUGGCUCUUGGUCCCGACGAGAUCGAGAUGCUCAAGGUCAGCCCGGUGCUGCAUCAAGAGUUCCAUGCGCUCGCUUUCUGUUCCGAGACCAUCCGGCAAAUGGACCUUGGCAACUGCAGCAAGUCGUUUCACGCACAGGUGGCGCAGCAUAGGAACCAAGUGCCCAGUCUCCAGUUCCUCACGCCAAUUCUGCGCCUCCUGAGGUCUGGCAUCACAAAGUGCAAUCGCUUGAUUGUCAACGGGAACACCCUGCCUCAAUUUGACGUGGAUGACCUCGCCGAGACCAUGAAGUGCGGAGCGAUUCAAGCGCUGGACGUGUCCUACUGUGGCCUUGACGACGCCAGCUUGCGGGAGAUGAUCGUGGAACCCCUCUCGCAUUACCCUGGGCUGCUGCAGUCUCUGUCAGUCUCCGGAAAUCCCGGGCGUCUCCCGGCGCACAUCUUGCCAGGGCUGUUCCGAUACCUCACCGAUAUUAGGGAAUUGAACCUCAGUGGCAGUAUCCAGGCUGAGAGCCACACUGAAGGCUCCCUGCUUCCCUUUGCCGCCCUCGAGGGCAUGGAGAACCUGGAGGAGCUCAAUGUGUCGGGUUACAAGCUCGAUCCUGCAACGUUCCAGGACCUGGAGAGGUUCUUGGAGUACCGAAGCUGGAGGAUCGACCAAGGCCAGCCUCUGAGGUUUCACAAGCUCGUCCUCAACCAUUGCGGAGUCACUGGUAGCCAAGCGGCGCAGUUGUUCCGGGCCAUUGGCGAGAACCGGGGCAUGCACCUCUCACUUAACGGCAACCCCAUCGAGGACGGCAUCGAGGACCUAGCGGCCGCCAUAUCGGCCAACCAGGGCCCCACCGGCCUCUACAUGGAGAUGAUCGAGUUCAAGGAGGAAGCCCACUACCUGGCCCUCCUCAAGGCCCUUACCGUCACGCGCCACCUAACCCUCCUCAGCCUCGCGGGAACCGCCCCCUCCCUGUCUUCUCCCGGGCCCUGCAGCGACGAGCUCGUGGCGACGCUCCACGACCUCCUUGCCCGCAAUACGUCCAUCCAAUUCCUCGACCUAUCCGGCUUCUCGGGCAAGCUGGACGACGGCCAGCUCCCACGCGGCGCCGGGCGCGCCCUGGCCGGGCUGGCCGCCAACACCGCCCUCACGCACCUGCGGAUCCGCAACCAGAACCUGCACGACGACGCCGGGUUGCUGGGCCGCGCUCUGGCGGCGAACGCAACCCUGCGCGCCCUCGACUGCCGCGGCAACAACUUCAACCUGACCAGCCUGCGCUUCCUGGUCGACUCGAUCGCCGGCGCCGACCGGUCCGCCCUCGUCGAGUUCCCGCUGCCCGCCGACGAGCGCGCCGCCAUCUGGCGCAACGUCCUGCGCGGCCUGCAGCGCACGCCCACGAGCGUCCCCCUGCCGGCCGUGGGCGCCGCGACCGCCGCGGGCGCGGGCAACCCGGGCUCCAAUGCGAUCCGCGACCUGCUGAGGGAGGAGGAGGCCUUGCUGCGAGACGUGCUGGAAGGCUUGUUUGCCACACUGGAGAACAAGCUGAAGGAGAACCGGGCGAGGUUGUUGGGGGAUGCGGUGCGCUUGGGCAGGGACCGGGGAGGGGGAGAAGGAGACGGCGCAGACUCGCAGCAGCGGGAGUACUCGUAUCGGCACCGGCACCGGCACCGGCACCAGCGGAGCGGGAGCAGCGGCGGCGCCGGGCUCCUCGCGAUGGAUGGCGGGGACGACGCCUGGCCGUCCGUCGGCGAGAUCGGCGGUCUCGGGCUGGACCUCGGGCUCGACGUUGGCAUGUGGGCCCCGGACACGUCCCCGAGCACUGGCUCCGAACCCGGUGGCGGCCACGGCAGCAACGGCGAGGCUGGACCACCGCCGCAGACGACGACGGCGCAGUUCGAGGCAGUGGAGACAGUGGAGAGUGCGGCACCGCCCUCUGGCCCUCACGGGUACCAGCAGCACGGCGGCGGCGCCGCGGCGAGUUACCAUGAGGGCGGUAUCGCGGGAGGCAUGGACAGCCCAACCGAGACGCUGGAUCCUGUUUCGGAGGCCGAGACGCCCGCGGAAGGACAGGCGCCGCCUGGUCAGCACUCGAUCCGGGUAUUGGUUCGGGAGGCCGAGGAGGACAGGCUGCCGGGUGACGAGGACGGGGACGGCGAUGAGCUGUUCCGAAAGAUGGUGGAUGACUUCCGAAGGGCCGGAUUUGAGGUCUAGUGUGCCAUUGUGCACGCCAUUGCCACGGAUAUACAGAGGGUUAUCUGCAGAAAGCGGGUUGUAAAUACCUCUCUCUCUUGUCUUGUGUGAGUUGUACGAUGAUCGUGUAUAAUUAGGAGGAUGGGAUUGGGCUGGGAAAAGUGUUGGCGUUUUUCUUAAGGGAUGCAUCAAGUCUCGAGAUACCCAUAGAUGAUAGCAAUGCUUUUAAGGUAAUAAUAAUCCAUGUAAACAAAUAUCAUCCCCGCAACAUAUAUGCUAGCGGCUCUCUCUGCCUAGAGUGACAGUGUGACGGGACCGUCAUGACAUGCUUGUUCAUUGCGAACCAUUUUAUAAUUAAUGUAU